AGCAAAUUUGUGAAACAAUGCGUUCAGAUGCAUUAUUUUGUUUAUUGUACUUGUUUGUUGUAACCUCUGUUGUCCUUGGUCAAAAAAGAAGAGAAAACAGAAGAGACAGACAUCCACUCGUCAGUUCUGGCCGAACGAGAGGUCAAAUCACUGGAACAUUGCAAAGAAGAAAUAAUGGAAGGAAUCUGGAAACUAAUAGAGAUCAAAUACGGAGAAGAGGAAGAAAUCACAAUAAAAGACACAGAAAAAAUAAUCCUAGCCCCAACGUAAAUCAGGAAACGGCAUUUUCCCCCCAAGUCGACGUAAUGGAAACCAUCAUUCUACCCACAGUGUGUAAAAAAUGUAAAAGGAAACAUCCAACUUUUCAAACUUGUAAAGCCAUUUGUCCUGAUUUAGCUACAGAUGACGCGGACAGACGGUUCCUCGGAGAUCAAUACUGCUCCUUCUGUGAAUAUUACCGCUCCAGGAGGAGCUAUUAUCAGCUAUGCAGAAAUCGAUUUUGCGCUUCUGGAAGAUAAAGAUUCAAACACCGAAACCCAAAAACAAGGAACUGAUAAAUCAGCGGUUAGAUAAA